AUGGACAUCACAUGCACCGCAAAAGAGCCAACCACUCGCACAACUGCAUAUAAACAACACAUGCAACGCACCAGACACUUCCACUCGCACACCUGGAUAUUGACAACACAUGCACAUCACCAGACCCCACCACUCGCACAACUGAAUAUGGACAACACAUGCACAGCACCAGACCCCACCACUCGCACACCUGUGUAUGGACAACACAUGCACAGCACCAGACCCCACCACUCGCACACCUGUGUAUGGACAACACAUGCACAGCACCAGACCCCACCACUCGCACACCUGUGUAUGGACAACACAAGCACGCACAAGACCCCACCACUCGCACACCUGUGUAUGGACAACACAUGCACGCACAAGACCCCACCACUCGCACACAUGUGUAUGGACAACACAUGCACAGCACCAGACCCCACCACUCGCACACCUGUGUAUGGACAACACAUGCACAGCACAAGACCCCACCACUCGCACACCUGUGUAUGGACAACACAUGCACAGCACCAGACCCCACCACUCGCACACCUGUGUAUGGACAACACAUUCACAGCACCAGACCCCACCACUCGCACACCUGUGUAUGGACAACACAAGCACGCACAAGACCCCACCACUCGCACACCUGUGUAUGGACAAGACAUGCACAGCACAAGACCCCACCACUCGCACACCUGUGUAUGGACAACACAUGCACGCACAAGACCCCACCACUCGCACACCUGUGUAUGGACAACACAUGCACGCACAAGACCCCACCACUCGCAAACCUGUGUAUGGACAACACAUGCACGCACAAGACCCCACCACUCGCACACCUGUGUAUGGACAACACAUGCACGCACAAGACCCCACCACUCGCACACCUGUGUAUGGACAACACAUUCACGCACAAGACCCCACCACUCGCACACCUGUGUAUGGACAACACAUGCACAGCACCAGACCCCACCUCUCGCACACUUGAAUAUGGACAAAACAUGCACCGCACCAGACCACACUACUCGCAAACCUGCAUAUAAUCAAAACAUGCACGGCACCAGACCCCACCACCCGAACGCCUGCAUAUGUACAACACAUUCACCGCAACAGAUCCAACCAUUGGCUCACCUGCAUAUGGACAACACAUGCACCGCAUCAGACCCCGCAACUCGCACACCUGAAUAUGGACAACUCAUGCACUGCACCAGACCCCAACACUAG